CGGCGGGGCCGGGCCAUGGGGAAGGAGCAGGAGCUGCUGGAGGCCGCCCGCACCGGCAACCUGCCCGCCGUGGAGAAGCUGCUCUCGGGCAAGCGCCUCAGCUCGGGCUUCGGCUCGGGGGGCGGCAGCGGCGGCGGCGGCGUCCGGGGCGGCGGGGGGCACCCGCUCUCCAGCCUACUCAGCAUCUGGAGGGGACCAAAUGUGAACUGUGUUGACAGUACUGGAUAUACUCCGCUGCACCAUGCUGCUUUGAAUGGCCACAAGGAUGUGGUGGAAGUUCUGCUGAGGAACGAUGCGCUAACCAAUGUGGCAGACUGCAAAGGUUGUUACCCUCUUCACUUGGCAGCCUGGAAAGGAGACGCAGAGAUAGUAAAACUUCUCAUCCAUCAGGGACCCUCCCACACUAAAGUGAAUGAACAGAAUACUCUUGAGAUCAAAGAACUCAAAAAGUACGGCCCUUUUGACCCCUAUAUCAAUGCCAAGAAUAACGACAAUGAGACCGCGCUGCACUGUGCUGCUCAAUAUGGCCACACGGAAGUUGUGAAGGUUCUCCUGGAGGAGCUGACGGACCCCACGAUGCGCAAUAACAAGUUUGAGACGCCUCUGGAUCUGGCUGCGCUCUACGGAAGGCUGGAGGUCGUGAAGAUGCUGCUGAACGCUCACCCCAAUCUUUUAAGCUGCAACACUAAGAAACACACCCCCCUGCACCUGGCAGCUAGGAACGGACAUAAAGCUGUAGUCCAUGUCCUCCUAGAUGCUGGCAUGGAUAGCAACUACCAGACUGAGAAGGGCAGUGCUUUGCACGAGGCUGCUUUGUUUGGCAAGACAGACGUGGUACAAAUAUUGCUGGCUGCAGGUAUUGAUGUGAAUAUAAAAGAUAACCGAGGCCUGACAGCUCUGGAUAUUGUGAGGGAACUUCCUUCUCAGAAAAGCCAACAAAUAGCAGCUCUCAUUGAAGAUCACACAACUGGGAAGAAGAGUACAAAAGCAGCAGAGAAGGCUCUGCCAACACCUGUCAUUCCUGCCACUGAACCUGCAGUCCGGAUACCACAGGGUGAUGUGGAGAAAGCAAUGACUGAACUGAUCAUAGACUUAGAAAUGAAUCCAGAGGAGGAGUGUCCUUAUGAAGCUUUAUACAAUGCGACAUCCUGCCAUUCACUGGACAGCCUGGCCAGUGGGAGGUCUUCAGACAGAGACUCUGUGAAUAAGGAAGCAGAGACAACGGGUCUUAAGGCAGCAGGAAUCAGGCCUAGAGAGCGUCCACCCCCUCCUGCCAAGCCACCCCCUGACGAAGAGGAGGAGCACGUGGAGAAGAAGCUAGGUCGCAGUGCUUCAUGUGAGGCCUCUGUGGUGCGGAGGAAGAGCAGGGGAAGUGCAGCCGAGGAAGAGGAGGAGCAUCCUUAUGAGCUGUUGCUUACCGCAGAAACUAAAAAGCCGCUUGCAGUGGAUAGAAAAACAAAAGGGGAAUCGCCAUCUUCAGGUGCUGUCAGCAGUAACCAGCUUCAGGCCAAACCCCGAAAAGGCACGUCUUCCCAAGAUGGUCAAUGGCCAGUGAAUCGCCAAGGUUCUUCCGACCUCUCUUCUAGCCAUUCCGAGCAACAUCCAAACCCCGAAGCAUGCAUGAUGGAGACCUCGACAGACCACAGGAGGAGCAGUGGUAGCCGGAGCCAAGAUUCUGCAGACAGCCAGGACAUCCAGGUCCCGGAGCAGUUUUCAGGGUUGCUCCAUGGCUCUUCCCCGGUGUGUGAGAUAAACGAGGACCCUUUCAGGCUCAUUUCUGUGGCCAAAGGAGGCACAGAGGGCACAGGCCACUCACCUGCUAUGCAGUUGGAAGAUGCUGAUUUACCUCUCUCUGGGUCAGUACGGACCAGUUCUCCUGAGCAAAACCAGAAAGUGAUCUACGCAACGGUCCAGCCCAAAAACGUCCAACAGGCAGAACCUGAAACUGCAGUGACUCCCCAAGCACUUCAGCACCCUGGUGGUGCAGAGGAAGAGGGAGACAGAGGCGGUGCUGGGGGCCGAGCCCACCUGGGAGGCAAGCCCAAAGCAGAGCUCAAACUCAGCCGUAGCUUGUCCAAAUCAGACUCUGACCUCCUGACCUGCUCACCAACUGAGGACGAUGCCAUGGGGAGCCGGAGCGAAUCGCUCUCAAACUGCAGCACUGGGAAGAAAAGGCUGGAGAAAUCUCCGUCUUUUGCUUCGGAGUGGGAUGAGAUUGAGAAAAUCAUGAGCUCCAUCGGUGAAGGCAUUGACUUUUCUCAGGAACAGCAAAGGAUCUCAGGUUCGCGGAUGCUGGAGCAGAGCGUCGGGGAGUGGCUGGAGUCCAUCGGCCUGCAGCAGUAUGAGAGUAAGCUGCUUUUGAACGGCUUUGACGAUGUCCGCUUCCUGGGCUGUAACGUAAUGGAAGAUCAGGACCUUCGGGAGAUCGGGAUUAGCGACCCGCAGCACCGCAGAAAACUUCUCCAGGCCGCACGUCCCCUUCCCAAGGUGAAAUCUCUGGGUUGCGAUGGGAACAGCCAGCCUUCGGUUCCCGCUUGGCUUGACUCUUUGGGGCUGCAGGAUUACAUUCAGUCCUUCCUGUCGAGUGGCUACAGCUCCAUUGACACUGUGAAAAACCUCUGGGAGCUUGAAAUAGUAAAUGUGCUGAAGGUGAAUCUGCUUGGCCAUCGGAAGCGAAUCAUUGCCUCCUUGGCGGACAGACCGUACGAGGAGCCACCCCAGAAACCACCGCGGUUCUCACAGCUGAGGUGCCAGGAUCUGAUGUCCCAGACUUCCUCACCGCUGAGCCAGACUGACUCCUACACGGGGAGGUCAGCAGAGCUCUUGCUGCCUUCGGGGGAUACUGGGAAGAGGCGACAUGACAGUGGCCAUGAUGCUGCUUCUCACCCCAGAGCCGACCGAUACAAAGCACAGGAGGAGCAUCGUGAGUCCAGACUGACUCUCAGGCCCCCAAGUCUCGCUGCGCCGUAUGCGCCUGUCCAGAAUUGGCAACACCAGCCCGAGAAGCUCAUCUUCGAGUCCUGCGGGUACGAGGCUAACUAUCUGGGCUCCAUGUUAAUCAAAGACCUGCGAGGGACGGAGUCGACGCAGGAUGCCUGUGCAAAGAUGAGGAAAUCCACAGAGCAUAUGAAGAAGAUCCCAACCAUAAUAUUAUCCAUUACUUACAAAGGGGUGAAGUUCAUAGAUGCUUCUAACAAGAAUGUUAUCGCUGAGCACGAAAUCCGGAACAUCUCCUGUGCGGCCCAGGACCCCGAAGAUCUCUGCACUUUCGCCUAUAUCACCAAGGACCUGCAGACCAGCCACCACUACUGCCAUGUCUUCAGCACUGUCGAUGUGAACCUGACGUAUGAAAUCAUCCUGACGUUGGGACAAGCAUUUGAAGUCGCCUAUCAGCUGGCCCUCCAAGCCCAAAAAUCAAAACCCACCGGCGCUUCAGCAGCGGAAACGAUAGAAACGAAAUCUUCCAAACCGGUGCCUAAACCCAGAGUCGGCGUGAGGAAAUCCGCACUAGAGCCAUCUGAAAUGGACCAAGACUCCCAGUCUCAUGCCAGUGUCUCCUGGGUUGUUGAACCCAAACAGGAUUCUAAGAGGACCCUCAGCACUAAGUAUGAGACCACUAUCUUCUAAAAAAGCAACCCUGUGUCCACCUAGUCUAACCGUGCCUUUGCGAUCUGAUCUGUCUGCUGUUCUAAACUCCCUCUCCCUCCAGCUGCUGGCCCUGAGCUCCACCUCUAGGAGCUACGCCACCAGAGACAGCAGCACUAGAAUACUGUAGACUAAACAGCUUUUGUAUCUGAUCACUACUGAACACUGUGAAUUCUCCUUACUCGGAAACAAGGGUAACAUGCGGAGAGAAUGACCUGUUAGAUACCUGUGAGGUGGGAGAUGCAGAGGGUUGGAAGCUGUGAGAGUCUGAGAUGUGGAUCCACGUUUUUCCCCUUGCUGCGGCACUGUGAAUCUCUGGGGGCGACGUGACACUCCCCAGGCCUUUUUAUAUUUAACGUUCUUAUCCUUGGACUGCUGUAGACCUCUUGUCUCCGAGGUGCGCACACUCACUCGUUCUAGAUUCUGUACUGAGCCACGGCUGUCUACUGUUUCAGCGAACUGUUACUCCUCUUUUUACCUGUCAUCUGAACCAACACUAACCAAUGUGAUGCUGUCUGCAAAUAACCCAUUCACUAGAUUUCCUCGCAUGGAUCCUUCACACAAUAUCCCCCCGCCCCCCCAAGUUCAGUGUUGCAAACCUGAUUGCACAGUUAAUGUGAGAGCUGGUCUGGGCCGCUUGCACGGCCGUGGCUCUCACUGUGCACAUUGACCCCUCUUAGAAAUCAGGGUUGGUAUUUAUAGGAAACGCCCGGCAGCAGCUUCUCAGCUGCCCCACUGAAGCCAAUUGUGUGUGUUUCAUUCUGUGUUGUUGGAUUUGAUGCAGGGCCCCUCUGUUCAAACCGACCAAACUGCUUGUGAGCUACCAGCUUGGUUCUCCCUUUUAGAACUAUAAAUGGGUUAAGCUUUUAAAGGCACAUGAAAUUAAUCCUGAACUGGGUGCAGGGCGGGGACUGGACUAUUUGAUGUCUGACCAAAGCAGACUGAGGAGUUGGGAACUUUGUUCUGUUCAGCAGGUUUCCUGCAUGUUAACUUUGAUCCCAUUUCAAGUACAAGUCUUCUGCAGAUCACAAGGCUAUUAAAUGCUGUGCAAUGAGGGCUAUGGAGAUCUUGAAACAUCUGCCACUUCCCCAUUCCUUGGCAAUGGGAUUACCCUUAGGGAUGGCCCUAGGUACCUGGGAACCUUAAGUGCAGACACCUCCCUGUUUCCCUUCACCUCAUUUCCUUGUCUGCAAAGUUUCUGACCCCAUGGUUGGCUAGAUAGAUCUGUCUGCAGCUGCUACUUUAGUUCCUAAAUGUGGCUCAGACCUCUUACAACUGAAACACAGAGCACGAGCUGCCGUGCAGGCCAGAGCAGAGCUCGGACCUUGUUUGGAGGAUGGACUCUGUGCCAUAAAGCAGUUUGUUAGCCAGUGAACAUGGGUGAUACAAAUACAGUAGAACUUCAGAGUUAUGAGCACCAGGAUUAUGAACUGACCGGUCAACCACACACCUCAUUUGGAACUGGAAAUAUGUAAUCAGGCAGCAGCAGACACACAAAAAAGUAAGUGCAGCUCAGUGUUGUGUUAAACGUAAACUACUAAAAAAAUGAAGGGAAAGUUUAAAAACAAUUGUCAAGGUAAGGAAACUGUUUCUGUGCUUGUUUCAUUUAAAUUACGAUGAUUAAAAGCAGCAUUUUUCUUCUGCACAGUAAAGUUUCAAAGCUGUGUUAAGUCAGUGUUCAGCUGUUAACUUUUGAAAGAACAACCAGAAUGUCUUGUUCAGAGUUAAAUAUUUCAGAGUUGCAAACAGCCUCCUUUCCUGAGGUGUGCAUAACCCUGAGGUUCUACACUAUUCUCCUGAGGUGCCCUGGUGAAUUCCUGACGGGGCUGUGCUUAUGGCCAGCCCGGAUUAAAGUGGGCAAAAUGUAUAAGGCUCAUUGAUAGCAUGAAACUGAGGAGGAAGGAUGGUCCAGUGAUUAAACAGACCGGGGAGUUAGAACUGCUGGUUCUGUCAUUGACAGACUUGCUGUGUUACCAUGUCACUUAACCUCAGUUUCCCCAUUUAUCAAAUGGGGAUGAUCUCUCUGUCCCUCACAGAGGUGAUGUGAGGCUUAAUCAGUUUGCAAAGCAAUUUGAGAGCCUCUAAGGAAAGGCAUUGUGUGACUAGCACAUCGUAGUAGUCCUGUGACGACAACCCACUAUGCGCAGCUUCACUCACUCUCCUGCCACGUGAAAUACAAGUCUCACAAGGUGGGAGGUUGCACCUUGGAUUCUGACCAGCAUUUUAAAGUCAGACUGAAAACAGCCUGUUCCUUUCUAUGGCUGUGUGGGACAGUAGGGUUAGUACACAGCCAUUCAGCUAUCUCACUGGACAAAGAUCACAAAUGUGUUUGAUCCUAGUCUAGUUCCAAGCAUACCAACAUCAUUAUUUUGCACCAUUAGCAGAAUCUGCUCAUAGGAGAAUCAGCAGUGGGAGAGCUGCAGGUGACAAUCAUGGUGUGGUAGGAAGAGAGCUGGGAAGGAAGCUGGACAGCUACUACCCACACUGUCCUUGCCUCUGCCUAGUGAUGGUCUGUCAUGAAGUUUAAAACCCCCAUCUUCUACUCCUUCCCAAAUGUCCAUCUCUGGAAACACCCAGUGUGUCCACACUGGCUCUUGAAUCUUAAGCAAACCCCAUUUACUGAUGCAACCUGGAUUGUCCAGAGCAGGAACUAUGGGUAUAAGUAUUUUCUUCAAAUGUCAUAAUCUCUGCAGCAACCAACCACCCCAAAUGUAGUAAUUCAGCCUGGGUCCUCACUCAUUGUGUAUUAAAACUAAUAAGGAUUACUUUUUAGUGGGCUAUUGAUUUUGCAUCAGUCUUUUUUUUCCCAUUCUCCCCUCCAGCCCAGUAAUUGUACUAGAAUCUUGUGUUUUAAAAUCUUUAUCUUGCUCCUUCCUAGGAGCGAGUCUGACCUCCCAGUCCUCAGGGCCAUGGCCUAACAGGGCAAACAGAGUUCAAAAAUAACAACCUGGUUAGUAAGUAUCCAAGUAAGGAGGGUAGGAGGAUAUUUCGUAAAGUACAAAGUAGAGAAACCCAGUCUUGUAAGUGGAUUUAACAUGUCAUGCACCCCUGGCAAGGGAUUACAGAUGCAUAGACAAAAGAUUCUUUAACUAGAGAAAUACUAUAGCGAAUGCCCAGAACACUGCUGUGUUACUGUUAACUAUGGUGGUUUGGGCACUUGCAGUAGAAUACGGUGGCAUUUUUACAAGCAGCUGCAGUCGCAGAUGAGUAUUGUUUGGCAAGCUGUGAACGGUGCUCUGAAACCUCUUUUCACACAGUUCAGAAGAGAAGUUCAGUCAGGAAUGCAAGUGGUGGCGUGCUUUUAUUUCCAAGAGUUUACCAUCAGUUACAGCUACCCACAUACAGACCCAAUUUUCAGAGGGGCUGAGCCCUUGCAACUGCCAGUGUCGCCAGUGGGUUCUCAGCGCCUCUAAAAAGGGGUCAGUUGUGCAUGUGCCUUUUUAAUGCUGACCUCUGAACCUAGGUGGGAUCACAGCAGACCUGUCUGAACAGAGGGCUUGUGCUGUGCAUCUGUAACUGUAUUAUUUCUCACUGCUUGGUCACACACCCUUCUCCCCCCAAGCAUUGGUAUGAAUGUGACUCAUGAAAUUAUUCAUUGCAUUUUUUCCUUUCUGGUAACGUUGUCCCCUGUUCUGUUUGCCUCU